AUGAACGCCGUAGAUGGUUCAGAUCACUACGAGGUCGCAGCUGAAGGUCCUGCGCCUUCAUUACUAGUCAUUGUCCUCGACACAAAUCCCCACGCCUGGGCACUCCUCGCCCCGACUCUCCCCCUCUCGAAAGCAAUAGCCAACAUCCUCGUCUUCAUAAAUGCCCACCUGGCAGUGAACAAUGCGAAUCAAGUGGCCAUCGUCGCUAGCCAUAGCCACCGAGCACUAUGGCUCUACCCUCGUCCUCCAUCCCCCUCCUCCGACAUCGAAAUGAGCGAUGCGACCUCUCCCCACCUCCAUAAUGCGAACAAAUACCGCCCAUUUGCUCUCAUAGAAGACUGCCUCCUUACAUCCCUCCGCCAGCUCGUGGCAACGACAACAGAAGCCGAUAUCUCUACAACUACAACAACUCAAAUGGCUGGUGCUUUGACUUUGGCCCUUGCAUAUAUCAACAAAGCUACCAUAAACUAUUCCGGCAUAAGCACAGAUACAAAUACUACUCCAACAGGCGUGGAUACAAAUGAAACGCCUACCGGCCUGCGAAGCCGCAUACUGGUCGUCUCAGUGUCGGGUGAUCUGGCACACCAAUAUAUCCCAAUCAUGAAUACCACAUUUGCGGCUCAACGAUUGCGGAUACCAAUCGAUAUCUUAAAACUAGCUGGAGAUACAGUGUUCUUACAACAAGCAUCGGAUGCCACGAAAGGAAUUUACAUGCAGUUACGAAGUCCACGAGGGUUAUUACAAUAUCUGAUGAUGGCAUUUCUGCCUGAUCAGACGAGCAGGAAACAGCUCAUUGCGCCGACGCAAGAAGUGGUUGAUUUUAGAGCGGCUUGUUUCUGCCAUAGGAGAGUUGUGGACGUGGGAUUUGUGUGCAGCAUUUGCUUGAGCAUUUUCUGCUCACCACCUGAGGGAGCAAUAUGUCUGACCUGCUCAACGCACCUUUCGCUUGGCGAUUACGGUGCAAAACCAGCCGUCGUUCCACGGAAGAAGAAGAAAAAGAAGAAGAUCAAUGGAGGCAUCGAUACUGGCAGUGCGAGAGGAACACCAGCACCUGGAGAAUAA